AAUCGAUAACAUUAAAGUACGAGAAAUAAAACAACGCGUUAAAAAUAUUAAAGGAAACCAUAAAAACAAUAGCACUCGCGGCCGCGACAACAUAUUUUCGUGCAUUAAUACAACAAUUAAUUAGUUCCGCGGUCGUGAAAGCGUGGGGCGGGCGUAGUGCGUGCGGUAAAAUUCGUGUGAAUACAGCCACAAUAUUCAGCCUCCUUCGGUUAAGUUAUUAUUGCAAAUUUCGUAGCGCACACACACACAGUGACGGGCGCGUUGUGAGCGAGGGGAAUGCGAGUGUGCAAGUAAAUAUAGUGAGGCACCCAUACUGGAGCAGCGACUAAAUUAAAGUUAAUUAAACGCCUAGUGGUAUUUCAUUUAAUGCAAUUUGUGAAAUAAUACCGACGAGGGAGGGAGACGAGACGAGACGUCGCAUCUCCUCCUCCGUUACCUCUCCCUCUCUACCCAGCAGCAGCAUGCGUGAGGGGCGUAUGUAUGUGUGUACGAGAGAGUGAGCGAGACAUGUGCGUGUGAGGUGCAGCAGCAGCAACAACAACUGUAACAAAACAGUUUUUCGGCGUGUAAUAACCAGCAAAUCGCUGUUAUUAUUUAUAUAUCUAUAUAUGCGUGAGCAAUGACAAGUAGCAGUGGCGGCACCAACAGCAAUUGCAACUAUCAAGGCUACCGAAACAGCGACAACAGCAGCAGCAGCGGCCAGAACAACAACACUUGCAGUUGCUACCUUCGGCAAUGAAAUUACUAUUUCUUGCCGCCUUCACCUGCUCCUCCUCCUCCUUUACCUCCGCCUCCGCUUCCUACUCCUCCUUCUGCGCUGCUUCUCCUCUGUUGCCCGCCGAACCAACAACAAACAUGAGCGCGUCGCGUAAUUGUCGUAUAAAUAAAUAAACAAAAUACAAAAUAAAUCCACAUUUAUUUUUCUUUACAAACCAAACAAUAUCAAUUAAAAGUCGGAAAUUAUGAAUAAAUUGGAUUAUCCACGUCGCAAUGGUACACACAAAGUUCGAAUAACGAUAUUGUGUGCUAGAAAUUUAGCUCGCAAGGAUUUAUUUCGUCUGCCCGAUCCAUUUGCCAAGGUUCAAGUGGAUGGCACUGGCCAGGUGUAUACAACGGAGAUAAGCAAAUCCUCGCUGGAUCCCAAAUGGAACGCACACUACGAUUUGUUUCUGGGCAUCGGCGAUGCCAUCACGAUAACCGUGUGGAACCAGCGCAAGAUACACAAGGGCAGUGGAUUCCUGGGAUGUGUGAGGAUACCCGCUUUCAACAUACAAAGCCUCAAGGGAGCAGGAUUUCAACGCUUGGAUCUGGGCAAACUGUCACCGGAUGACGAUGAGCUGGUUCGCGGUCAGAUCAUUAUCUCGCUGCUCUCCAAGGAUGGCCCUGGCAGUGGCAAUCCGUUGGCCAUUGUAGGACCCAGUGGUGAUGUUCGUGGACCCUCAGAGGAUGACUCGUCGGAGGACAGCUUGCCUGAGGGCUGGGAAGAGCGGCGCACUGACAAUGGUCGUAUCUACUAUGUUAACCAUGCCACCAAGUCGACGCAAUGGGACAGACCCAGGCAUCCCGUAGGCGCCACAUCGCCGCAGCAACGCCACAACACACACAAUGGCAACAACGGUGAUCGACAGGCGCCGGCAGGUCCCACGCGUUCCACCACCUGCACGAAUCUGCUUAAUGGUGGCAAUCGCAAUCGGGACUUGGCGGUGACGGCUAAUGAUGAACGGCGUCACUCUACGGAGAUACUGUCCAGUGUGGGCAAGGAGAACACCAGCCCCACGACGCCCGUGUCAGCCACUACAACGCCUGGCAAGAAGUCCUCCUCAUCGUCGUCGGGAGGAGGUCGUACUCUAGAGCAACGUCCCACAAACGAACCGGCCACGCCCACCAGUAGCACGACGACGACAUCGACGCCGAGUCGCCUGCACAGCAACGACAAUCAUGUGAAAACGCCAAAGCACCAAACAAAUGGCCAUGCUCAGCCAGAGGCCACUCCCACAUCGCCGACGGGACAGCAGAACUAUGUGAACGGGAAUGCUCAGAGUGGAAAUAACAGUGGAACCGGAAGUGGACAGGCGGCGCAGCCCCAGAGUGCCAGCAAUGGAUGGACGCAGGAGGAUACCUCAACGGGCACGACGCCGACAACGACUGCAACGGCGACUACAACUCCUCCUAGGCAUAACCAGAGUCCAUCAACACCUAAUGCAUCGCCGCCAGCUCCUGUCACGCCCUCGGCCAAUGGGAAUGUGCACAGUCCGAAUGCGAACAGCACAUCGGUGAGCGGUGGAAGCCGAUCCUAUACAGCCGCCACACCCGGUCAGCGCUCGCAGCGUCGCAGUUCACGGCAGCAGGGAGAGGAGUCCUCCACGAGGCGUCGCUCCUCGCGAGGAACUCGCAAUGGUGGCACCUCUGGCGGUGGAGGAUCGUCGAGCCAGCGUUAUGCAUCCGCGGCCAUUGCUGCCGCCAAUCAGGCAGCACGUCCGUUUCUGGACCUGCCGCCGGGCUAUGAAAUGCGGACAACGCAACAGGGACAGGUGUACUUCUUCCACAUACCGACGGGAGUGUCCACAUGGCACGAUCCACGGAUACCUCGUGACUUUGACACCCAACACCUAACGCUGGAAACAAUUGGACCGUUGCCCAGUGGCUGGGAGCAGCGGAAGACGGCCUCGGGAAGAGUGUACUUUGUGGACCACAACAAUCGAACGACCCAGUUUACAGAUCCUCGCCUCAGUGGCAGCAUUCUGAGCAUGAUUCGACGUGGAGCGGGUAGCAAUGCAGCAGCGCCCGCUCCUCCAGCUGCCGCACCUGCAACUGCCAUGCAAUCAGCAGCGACAGCAGCCGUUCCAGCGAACGCCACAGCGACUGCAACGACGACAACUACAACUACAACUAACACCCCACAUCGCAUUGUGCCGGAUCUGCCGCAGGGAUUGCUCGAGAGCGCCGACCUAUUGCCCAAGUACCGUCGCGAUUUGGUGGGCAAGCUUCGGGCUCUGCGCACCGAGCUGCAAACGAUGCAGCCCCAAUCCGGCCACUGCCGUCUGGAGGUGUCGCGCAACGAGAUUUUCGAGGAGAGCUAUAGACUGAUUAUGAAGAUGCGGGGCAAGGACAUGCGCAAGCGGCUAAUGGUUAAGUUUAAGGGCGAAGAGGGCCUGGACUAUGGCGGCGUAGCUCGCGAGUGGCUGCACCUGCUCUCCCGCGAGAUGCUCAAUCCGCAGUAUGGCCUGUUCCAGUACAGCCGCGAUGACCACUAUACGCUGCAAAUUAAUCCAGACUCGGGAGUGAAUCCUGAUCACUUGUCCUACUUCCAUUUCGUGGGACGCACACUGGGCAUCGCUGUGUUCCAUGGACAUUGCCUGGAUGGUGGCUUCACCACGCCCUUCUACAAGCAGCUGCUGAACAAACCAAUCACGCUGGGCGACAUCGAGGGUGUGGAUCCCGAGCUGCAUCGUAGCCUCACCUGGAUGCUGGAGAGCAACAUCAGCGGCAUCAUUGAGUCCACGUUCAGUGUGGAGAACAAUAGCUUUGGAGCUCUGGUGGUGCACGAACUGAAGCCUGGAGGUGCCUCCAUACCCGUGACUGAGGAGAACAAGCGGGAGUAUGUAAAGCUCUACGUGAACUAUAGAUUUAUGCGCGGCAUCGAACAACAGUUUCUGGCUCUGCAGAAAGGAUUUUGUGAGCUUAUACCCAGCCCGCUGCUGAGACCGUUUGAUGAGCGCGAACUGGAAUUGGUCAUUGGCGGCAUCUCUAGCAUUGAUGUCAACGACUGGCGCAACAAUACGAGACUGAAGCACUGUACGAAUGAGACCACGCAGGUGUUGUGGUUCUGGCAGGUGGUCGAGUCGUACAGUUCCGAGAUGCGAGCUCGCCUGCUGCAGUUUGUGACGGGAUCGUCGCGUGUACCGCUGCAGGGAUUCCGGGCUUUACAAGGCUCUACGGGAGCAGUGGGACCACGACUGUUUACCAUUCAUUUAACCGCGGAUGUGCCCACACAGAACCUGCCCAAGGCGCACACCUGCUUUAAUCGGAUCGAUUUGCCACCCUACGAGACGUAUCAGCUGCUCUGCGACAAACUAACGCAGGCCGUUGAGGAAACCUGCGGCUUUGCAGUGGAGUAGGGACCACGUUAAAGGAUGCAUGGAGAGACCCAAAACCCGAGGCCCACACCCGAUCCACGCAUAUGCAUAUACAUAGACACCUUUACAAAUAUAUAAUAUAUAAAGUACGCGUAAUGCAGAACCCGAUAUGUAUCAAAGCGAUUUGAAAUCAAAAUUCGAAAAGAUGAUAGGUUUUUAAUUUUUAUUAUUUGUUUGUUGAUAAAACUGCAAACCGCAGGCCCCGUUUAAUCUUGUGUGUGCUGCGCAUUUUGCAGUUAAAAAAUUUAAUUAUUUAGCUUAGUAUGUUAGUUACCAAGUGCAUAUACAUAUGAAUAUAUAUACACACACACCCCACACAUAUAUCGAUCUAUAUCCUGGCCUUUGUUUGUUUACGUCGUGGCGUGACGUGUUAUAAAUUGUAGUUUUAAAUAUAUAUAUAUAUAUAUUACGAAAC